AUGUACACCCGCAACUACCUCGCCCUCCUCCUCGCGGCCCUCGCCGUCAGCGUGCACGCCGCCGUACCCCCCGCUGCGGGCGCCGCAACCGGCGCCCUCGCCAGCGCAGCCGGCACCGCCGACGCCGCCCUCGGCGCCACCGACGAGCUCGCUACCGCGGGCACCGACGCCGCUGCCGCUGUCACCGACGCUACCACUGGAGCUGCUGGGGUCGCCGACGCCGUCGGUACUGCUGCUGGCGCUGUGGGCGCCGCGGCGGGUGGCUUUACAGCACCCGAUCCGUCAAUGCCACCGCAGGGGAUGCAGCAGCAGCAGGGGAUGGGCGGCAGAAAGCAGAGGGGCAGUGGGGGGAAGAACACGAGGGUCAAGAGUGGCCGGAAGGGGGCGAACAAGAAGAAGGGCGGGAGUAAGGGGCAGAGGAAGCAGAGUGCCGGGGUGAAGAAGGGGGGUAAGAAGGCGCAGAGGAAGCAGAGUGCGGGGGCCAAGAAGGGGGGUAAGAAGGGGAAGGCUGUGCCAGUGACGAGGAACUCGAAGGUUAAGUAUGGCGGUGGAAAGAGGAGGAACUAG